GCUCGUGUAUGGGCAUUAGUAAUGAAAUAUCCCAAACAUCUGUGGAACUUGAUUUUCCAGCAUUCACAUAAUAAUUCGCCGUCUUUUACGUUGACAGUGCCAGCCCGUAAAAUGACAACGACUAAUAAUUAUCAGGGAAAUUGUAUUUUUUGUAAGAUUUUAAGGAAAGAAGAGCCUGGCGAGAGCGUUUACGAGAACGAAGAUAUUGUUUGUAUUAAGGAUAUAAAUCCUGCCUCGACGCAUCAUUAUUUGAUUAUUCCAAAAAUUCAUAUAGCCAAUGCUAAAGUUUUAAAGAAGGAGAACGAAGAGCUGUACGAUAAGAUGAUAGCUAGCGUUGAUGUUAUUAGCGAUCGGUUUGGCUUGGAAAAAAGUUCAUUAAGGACCGGUUUCCAUUGGCCACCCUUCACCACCGUCGGCCAUUUACAUUUGCACGUUAUUUCGCCGGUGGAAAAUAUGAGUUUCGUUAAGAAUAUUAUGUUCAAACCAAACUCGCUGUGGUUUGUUAGCACGGAUUAUGUGAAAUCACGCUUUUAAGACUACG